GUGUGCAUACAUGUGUUAGUAUUCCCACACUUCAUUGCCAUCAUAUAAAGUCAUGCGAGCACUUCAGAGCUCAUUCCGUGUCAGUAUGUCUAUACGAGUGCUUCUCUUCGGCCUGUUUCUGCUGCUCGCUUCAGGGGCGCAAGGAACACCCGGCUCAUCCCGAAAGCCCGUGUGCGCUGAGAUGGCCGAGAUCCUCGCGUGUCCCAUGAACUUCGCACCUGUGUGCGGCAGCGACGGGAACAGCUACGCCAACGAGUGCUUGCUGUGUGUGGAAAGACUGAAAACCAAAUCUGAUAUUUUAAUCACGAGGAUGGCGACUGCUGAGCUUCUCCACAACACACAGGAUCAAUAAGAUUAAAGCAUCUGAAAUAGAA